UUUUGCUUUACUUAGAUAAGGCCUACUCCUCCUUUUAGCCAACUCUUGUGUCUGUAUCUCUUUGUUCUCUUCUGAUUUUUCAAUCUUCCCACUAACAUUUGGCCUACUACUUCCCUCAUUUCAUGUGCUUUGUUCCUCUUCAAACUCACAAUCUUUGGCCUACUCUUCCACCAUUUUUUUCUACUUUCUUGAAUCUAUAGAUAGACAGAACAGUUUAUAAGGAUUCUUAUAAUCUUACAUAGUCAAGUAAAGUUCUGAUCGUUCUUGGCUUAUCCAUUCAAAUGUCUCUCAGACAGUUCAUUUUGUUAUUCGUAAAAACUCAAUGUUCUAACUCUAUUGUCAUUUCUACACACCCCCUUUAGACUUAAACUAAAAUCCCACUUCAAAGUUUUCGUAUUUACUUGAAUCCUUCAAGUAUAUAAUUGAUUCUUGGAAUUUUUUAUCCAAUGGAGGAGCCUGAUAUGGGAAUUCCUCCCUUGUUUAGGUGUCCAAUAAGUCUAGAUUUAUUUAAAGAUCCAGUCACUUUAUGCACAGGCCAAACAUAUGAUAGAUCCAGCAUUGAAAAAUGGCUUUCUUCUGGUAAUUCAACUUGUCCUGUUACAAUGCAGAAGCUUCAUGAUUCUUCUAUUGUACCAAACACGACUCUUCGCCAUUUGAUCGAUCAAUGGCUUCAAAUAAACUGCAGCCAUGGUUAUGAUCUUGAUUACUUUCAAACAGUCGAUGAUUCAUUUGUUAUUCUCAAGCAUAAUCUUCAGUCAAAGGAAUCUACAUUUGAGACGAAAGUUGAAGCACUAGAGAAAGUUCUUGCUUUAUCAGAAAAUUUGCCUUUCGAAAACUGUCCCUUGAUUCAGCUCGAUUUCUUCCAAAUGAUUCUUGAGUUAGCCUUGGAAAAUGCAGUUGAAAGUUCAAAUUUUGAAGAUAAUCUCAUGUUUGUGGAGAAAGCACUAAGUUGUGGACUGAAAUUGUUACCAUUUAGUGACUUGGGAACUCUCAACAUGCUCAAAGAAGAUGAAUCCAAGUUUACAAACUUCUUGAUUUUGUUCAAGAAAGGUACUUUUUUCAUCAAGAAAAGCUUGUGUCAUUUCAUAUUGACAAUUUCAUCAUCAUUGCAGUUAAAAGAACUUUUAUCCAUGUUGGGUAAAUCCAAAAUUCUGAUUCAAGAACUUCUUCAUCUUAUUGAGAACAAACUAGAUGGUUCUGAAGAAUCAAUCAGAGCUCUUUAUGCAUUAUCUUCUCUCGAUCAGAAUCGUGAAGUUAUAGUGAAGGAAAGUGCAGUUAAGGCACUCAUAACAUACAUUAUGAAUACUCCAAAGUGCCUAUUAUAUAGAAGCUUUUUAGCACCAAUAAUGGCAAUGAAAACAAUUGAGACAUUGUUAGUCGUACAAAGUGCAAAAGAGGAAGUUUUGAACCACCCAAAUGGUGUUAGUGAAAUUGUGAAGAUGGUAUUUAGAGUUUCAUCAGAUAAUGAAGCAAGUGAAAGUGCAGUGAAUUGUUUAAUCAUUUUGUGUCAAGAUUUAAUGGAUGCUAGAGAAGAAGCUAUUUGUUGUGGGGUUUUGACUAAAUUGUUGUUACUCCUACAAAGCCAGUGUACUGAAAGGACCAAAAAUAAGGCAAGAAUGUUGCUCAAGUUGUUGAGAUCCAUGUGCACUGGGGACCAAAAACAAGCCUUCUAGAUUCAUAUAUUAUUACAUGAUUUUACAGUUGAUGUGCUCAUUGUCUUUGGCUGUCUUUGCUAUUAAAAUUGUAUCUAAAAUCAUAUAAAGAGUUUUUCUACAACGACAAUAAAUAUGUCUUAGUUCCAAACAA